UCUGUCAACGUGCUGGUGCAGAACUGCAAGAUCUACAAUGAUGCCAGCUGUGACAUCUCUGCAGACGGGCAGCUCCUGGCCGUGUUCAUACCCAGCAGCCAGCGGGGCUUCCCAGACGAGGGCAUCCUGGCUAUCUACUCUCUGGCGCCUCACAACCUGGGAGAGAUGCUCUACUCCAAGAGAUUCGGUAAGUCAUUGUCUCUCUAAAGCACGUGUCAAACUCAUUCUAUGGCGGGCCGAGUGUCUGCGGGUUUUCGCUCCUCCCUUGUAAUUGAUUGAAAUUUAAAGGAAAAACCUAAACCCAGCAGACAGCAGGCCCUUCAUGUAAUGAGUUUGGCACAACUGCUCUAAAGUAACAUGGUGGCCCAUAAUAGUCCAUGAGCUAGGCCCCCAAAUUUGGGCCAUCAGGCUCACUUGGGCUGACAAUGUCUCAUAGUGAUUUUUUUGAAGAUCUGAUUUUUUUGAAGAUCUGUGUCCCUAGAGAUAUAACAUGUGUGAUAGCAGUGUAGCAAUGGUAACUUUCUGUGUUAUCACUCUUUAUUUCAUCCCUCCAUCCCAUUCUUUUUUCCCAUAGGGAUUUUACCCCAUGACAGUCAGUAUACAAGUUUAAUACCCUUCAAUCAUAGACAACUGUGAAUCUAAGCUUUCCAAUCAGAAGCAUUUUCAUGUCAGAAUUACCUGUAUAAAUGGCUUUAAAAAGGAAACUUUGUUUGACAAGUGGUUUUAAAAUGGCACCUGACCACACGACUGAACAGUAGUCCAGGUGCGACACAACUAGGGCCUGUAGGACCUGCCUUGUUGAUAGUGCUGUUAAGAAUGCAGAGCAGCACUUUAUUAUAGACACACUUCUCCCCAUCCUAGCUGCUGUUGUAUCAAUAUGUUUUGACCGUGACAGUUUACAAUCCAGGGUUACUCCAAGCAAUUUAGUCUACUGAACUUGCUCAAUUUCCACAUUAUUCAUUACAAGAUUUAGUUGAGGUUUAGGGUUUAGUGAAUGAUUUGUCCCAAAUACAGUGCUUUUAGUUUUGAAAUAUUUAUGACUAACUUAUUCCUUGCCAGCCAUUCUGAAACUAACUGCAGCUCUUUGUUAAGUGUUGCAGUCAUUUAAUAAUAAUAAUAAUAAUAAUAUGCCAUUUAGCAGACGCUUUUAUCCAAAGCGACUUACAGUCAUGCGUGCAUACAUUUUUUGUGUAUGGGUGGUCCCGGGGAUCGAACCCACUACCUUGGCGUUACAAGCGCCGUGCUCUACCAGCUGAGCUACAGAGGACCAUUUCAGUCGCUGUAGUAGCUGACGUGUUGAGUCAUCCGCAUACAUAGACACACUGGCUUUACUCAAAGCCAGUGGCAUGUCGUUAGUAAAGAUUCAAAAAAGUAAGGGGCCUAGACAGCUGCCCUGGGGAAUUCCUGAUUCUACCUGGAUUUUGUUGGAGAAUCUUCCAUUAAAGAGGACCCUCUGUGUUCUGUUAGACAGGUAACUCUUUAUCCACAAUAUAGCAGAGGGUGUAAAGCCAUAACACAUACAUUUUUGCGGCAACAGACUAUAAUCGAUAAUGUCAAAAGCCGCACUGAAGUCUAACAAAACAGCCCCCAUAAUCUUUUUAUCAUCAAUAUUUUUUCAAAAAGCUUACUAAGGGUUGGUAACAGGCUGAUUGGUCGGCUCUUUGAGCCAUUUAAGGGGGCUUUACUAUUCUUAGGUAGGGGAAUAACUUUUGCUUCCCUCCAGGCCUGAGGGCACACACUUUCUAGUAGGCUUAAAUUGAAAAUAUGGCAAAUAGGAGUGGCAUUAUCGUCCGUUAUUAUCCUCAGUAAUUUUCCAUCCAAGUUGUCAGACCCCGGUGGCUUGUCAUUGUUGAUUGAAAAUAAAACUUCCACACUUAUUUUACAGAAAUCAAAAUUACAAUGCUUGUCUUUCAUAAUUUGGUCAGAUAUUCUUGGAUGUGUAGUGUCAGCGUUUGUUGCUGGCAUGUCAUGCCUAUGUUUGCUAAUCUUGCCAAUGAAAAAAUCAUUAAAGUAGUUGAUAAUAUCAGUGGGUUUUGUGAUGAAUAAGCCAUCUGAUUCAAUGAAUGACGGAUCGGAGUUUGCCUUUUUGCCCAAAAUUUCAUUUAAGGUGCUCCAAAGUUUUUUCUAUAAUUCUUUGUCAAUUAUAAUAAUAUAUAAUAAUAUGCCAUUUAGCAGAUGCUUUUAUCCAAAGCGACUUACAGUCAUGCGUGCAUACAUUUUUGUGUAUGGGUGGUCCCGGGGAUCGAACCCACUACCUUGGCGUUACAAGCGCCGUGCUCUACCAGCUGAGCUACAGAGGACCACAUUAUCUUUGUUUCAUAGUAUAGUUUCUUCUUUUUAUUCAGUUUAGUCACAUGAUUUCUCAAUUUGUAGUACGUUUGCCAAUUGGUUGUACAGCCAUACCUAUUUGCCAUCUCUUUUGCCUCAUCCCUCUCAACCAUAAAAUGUUUAUUCCUCAUCAAUCCAGGGGGAUUUAACCGUUUUUAGUCAUUUUCUUAAUGGGUGCAUGCUUAUUAGUAACUGGGAUAAGCAAUUUCAUAAAUGUGUCAAGUGCAGCGUCUGGUUGCUCGUCAUUACAAACCACGGACCAACAAAUAUUCUUCACAUCAACAACAUAGGAAUCACUACAAAACCUAUUGUAUGACCUCUUAUACACAAUAUUAGGCCCAGCCUUUGGAACUUUGGUUUUCCUAGAUAUGGCUACUAUAUUGUGAUCAAUACAUGUUGAUGAUUUCAUUCCUGUACUAUUUGUAACUAGCCUGGUAGGUUGAUUUGAUAACCUGAACCAGGUUGCAGGCACUAGUUAAAGUUUGAAGCUUUCUCUUGAGUGGGCAGACUGAUGAAAGCCAGUCAAUAUUUAAAUCACCCAGAAAGUUACCUUUCUAUUGAUAUCACAUAUAUUAUCAAGCAUUUCACACGUUAUCCAGAUACUGACUGUUAGCACUUGGUGGUCUAUAGCAGCUUCCCACCAGAAUGGGCUUUAGGUGAGGCAGAUUAACCUGUAGCCAUAUUACUUCCCCUGUUGGCAUUUGUCUUUUCUGUAAAUGUUAUAACCUUUUAUUGCUACCACUGUAUCAUCAAAGGUAUUAUCUAAGUGAGUUUCAGAGAUUGUCAGAAUAUGAAUGUCAUCUGUUAUUGAUUUUCAUGAACCUUGCUUCUUAAGCUACAUAUGUUAACGUGGGUUAUUUUGUAACACUUUUCUGGGAGGCUUAAGUAUUUUUCUUGCUUUACUGGGAAGCUUGGCAAAGGUAGACAUACUCUGGUUAUUUUUAUUAGUGCAGGCUGAGCUGCACACGGUGGACUUCCUGUUAGGGCACACCACCUCAGUGCUAACAGUAUUACUCGGUUUCAUAGGCAUAUGAUUACUGCAUACAAUAGCUGUAGGAUCAACCAACUUUGAAAGCAUCCAUGACUAUUCACAUGUACAUGUCCAUUUUACAUUUUUGAAGAUGAAAUAUUGCAAUUAUUGAUCAUAACAUCUUCAGAAAUCAGUGAUUCAAACAGCUUUUUGGGCACCUUCUUACCACAAUUAUGUGAAUAAUUUAACAUCUGGCCCAUGUGGUUGUGUACUCUACAUAACUAUGAAAAUAUUUGGACAUACUACAAUUGUAUUUCAUACAGGUAUGGUCAUAUGAAAUCGUGCAAUAACACCCCAUUGAGUUGUUUGGCGCCAUAUUGGAAAAAGGCUUCUGUGGGGCUAAUGUGUGAAUUCUGUGAAGGCCCUGUAUCUACAAAUCUUCUAGCUAUGUGUGUGCAAUUUGGUGCCUCUUUCACCAAAGUUACAAUCCAAAAACAUAGCUGCCCCAUUACAUUGAAUUCUUUGGCUAAGCUUCCAACAUUCCAUGACCUACUUGUCAAACUAAUUUUUAAAUGUAUUAGGAUUUCCUUUUUAAAGCCAUUUGUAACAGGUCAUUCUCAUACAGUGCCUUCAGAAAGUAUUCACACCCUUUUGACUUUUUCCACAUUUUGUUGUGUUACAGCCUGAAUUUAAAAUGGAUUAAUUAAAAAUGAAAAGCUGAAAUGUCAAUAGGUAUUCAACCCCUUUGUUAUGCAAGCCUACAUUAUUCAGACCCGUUGACGUUACAGCCUUAUUCUUAAAUUGAUUACAUUUCCCCUCCUCAAUCUAUACACAAUACCCCAUAAUGACAAAGCAAAAGCAGGUUUUUAUGAAUUUUUGCAAAUGUAUUAAACAUAAAAACAGAUAGUAUUCAGACCCUUUGCUAUGAGACUCGAAAUUGAGCUCAGGUGCAUCCUGUUUUCAUUGAUCAUCCUAUAUGUUUCUACAACUUGAUUGGAGUCCACCUGUGGUACAUUCAAUUGAUUUGACAUGAUUUGGAAAGGCACACACCUGUCUAUAUAAGGUCCCAGAGUUGACAGUGCAUGUCAGAGCAAAAACCAAGCCAUGAGGUUGAAUGAAUUGUCCAUAGAGCUCCGAGACAGGAUUGUGUCAAGGCACAGAUAUGGGGAAGAGUACUAAAAAAUGUCUGCAGCAUUGAAGGUCGCCAAGAACACAGUGGCCUCCAUCAUUCUUAAAUGGAAGAAGUUUGGAACCACCAAGACUCUUCCUAGAGCUGGCCACCCGGCCAAACUGAGCAAAUGGGGGAGAAGGGCCUUGGUCAGGAAGGUGACCAAGAGCCCAAUGGUCACUCUGACAGAGCUCCAGAGUUCCUCUGUGGAGAUGGGAGAACCUUCCAGAAGAACAACCAUCUCUGCAGCACUCCACCAAACAGCCCUUUAUGGUAGAGUGGUUAGACGGAAGCCACUCCUCAGUAAAAGGCACAUGCCAGCCCGCUUGGAGUUUGCCAAAUGGCACCUAAAGCACUCUCAGACCAUGAGAAACAAGAUUCUCUGGUAUGAUGAAACCAAGGUUGAACUCUUUGGCCUGAAUGCCAAGCGUCACGUCUGGGGGAAACCUGGCACCAUUCCUACGGUGAAGCAUGGUGGUGGCAGAAUCAUGCUGUGGGGAUGUUUUUCAGCGGCAGUUACUGGGAGACUAGUCAGGAUCGAGGCAAAGAUGAACGGAGCAAAGUACAUGAUGAUAAUCUGCUCCAUAGCCUCAUGACCUCAGACUGGGGCGAAGGUUCACCUUCCAACAGGACAAAGACCCUAAGCGCACAGCCAAGACAAAACCAGUUUUUGCGUUGUCAUUAUGGGGUAUUGUGUGUAGAUUGAUGAGGGAAUACAAUUAUUUAAUCCAUUUUAGAAUAAGGAUGUAAUGUAACAAAAUUUGGAAAAAGUAAAGGGGUCUGAAUACUUUCUGAAUACACUGUAAAUCAAUUCAGGAGUAAGAAUGUGCUUAGCAAAUAACAAGUUGCAUGGACUCACUCUGUGGGCAAUAAUAGUGUUUAACAUACAAUUAUCUGUAAGUUCCCUCAUUCGAGCAGUGAAUUUCAAACACAGAUUCAACCACAAAGACCAGGGAGGUUUUCCAAUGCCUCGCAAAGAAGAGCACCUAUUGAUAUAUAAAAGCAGACAUAUCCCUUUGAGCAUGGUGAAGUUAUUAAUUACACUUUGGAUGUUGUAUCAAUACACCCAGUCACUACAAAGAUACAGGCGUCCUUCCUAACUCCGUUGUUGGAGAGGAAAAAAACCGCUCAGAGAUUUCACCAUGAGGCCAAUGGUGACUUUAAAACAGUUACAGUUUAAUGGCUCUGAUAGGAGAAACCAGAGAAUGGAUCAACAACAUUGCAAUUGCUCCACAAUACUAACUUAAUUGACGGAGUGAAAAUAAGGAAGCCUGUACAGAUGAAACAUAUUCCAAAACAUGCAUCCUGUUUGCAAUAAGGCACUAAAGAAAAACUUUAAAGAAAUUAACUUUAUGUCCUGAAUUCAAAGCGUUAUGUUUGGGGCAAAUACAACACAUCACUGAGUACCACUCUUCAUAUUUUCAAGCAUGGUGGUGGCUGCAUCAUGUUAUGGAUAUGCUUGUCAUCAGCAAGGACUGGGGAGUUUUUUUAGGAUCAAAAGAAACUGAAUAGAGGUAAGCACAGGAAAAAUCCUAGAGGAAAACCUGGUUCAGUCUGCUUUCCAACAGACACUGGGAAACAAAUGUAUCUUUCAGCAGGACCAUAACCUAAAACACAAGGCCAAAUAUAUACUGGAGUUGCUUACCAAGACGACAUUGAAUGUUCCUGAGUGGCCUAGUUACAGUUUUGGCUUAAAUUGGCUUGAAAAUCUAUGGCAAGACUUGAAAAUGGCUGUCUAGCAAUGAUCAACAACCAACUUGACAGAGCUUGAAGAAUUUUUAAAAGAAUGUGUAAAUAUUGUACAAUCCAGGUGUGCAAAGCUCUUAGAGACUUACCCAGAAAGAUUCAAUCAAUCAAUCAAAUGUAUUUAUAAAGCCCUUUUUACAUCAGCAGAUGUCACAAAGUGAUAUACAGAAACCCAGCCUAAAACCCCAAACAACAAGCAAUGCAGAUGUAGAAGCUGUAUUCGCUGCGAAAGGGGAUUCUAACAUGUAUUGACUCAGGGGUGUGAAUACUUAUGUAAAUUAGAUUUCGGUCUUGAAUUUUCAAUAAAUAUGCAAACAUUUUGUGUAGAUUGGAGGGAAAAAAAUAUUUUAAUCUAUUUUGAAUUCAGGCUGUAACACAACAAAAUUUUGGAAAUUCAAGGGCUAUCAAUACUUUCUGAAGGCACUGUAUGUACCCUAGAGAUCAAAGGUAUUUUGACCUGAACAUUCAAAAUGUUUCUGACGGAAGGCUGUGAAUCUAAGCUUUCCAAUGAUAAAUGAUUAAAGGGUAUAAGUGAGCAAUAACUUGUUGUAUACUGCCAUUGUUUGUCAUAGGGAAAAAUUAUGGGAUGGAGUGAUGAAAGAGAGUUAUAACACACACUGCUCUCACACUUUUUCCAACCGUAGGGACAUAGACCUUCAAAAAAAAUCACUAUGCGACAUUGUCAAUCAAAGUGAACCCGACCGACCCCCCCCCCCCCCUCCCCCGGCACAUGGACUUUAAGGAGCGCUUUGAAAUAUAUGUUCUGUGCUGUCAUUCAGUGGUGUCAAUACAAUCUUAGAGAUUAAAUCUUUAAAGUCCCUUUUCAGCAGUAUUGUUUUAGUAUAUUAAUAAAGGUGUAUUAAGCAUGAAGAUUGAUGAAGGUAAAUUAAAGCUUUAGAUAGGCAACACUUUUUUAAAGUUAAGUAGAUAUGGGAAUGUGGGAGGCCUACUUAAUUAGCUUAGUCAUAAAUGGAAAAUGAAUUGUGUAGAGCAAGUCUGGUCCCAAAGUAUCUGUAACUACAGUAAUUUAUAGUUUGUACUACUCUCGUGAGCAGUACAAACACUUACCAGUCCUUAAGACUAGGCAAUAGCUUAAUCAAGUACACAAAUAUACCUUUAAUUGAAUGGUUCCUGUUGUCUGUUAUUUAUAGCUGCUGUGUCAAUAGGUAUUCAGAAUGCAAUCCCAAUUAUCCAUAAAGCAAUUUACAGUAUGGAGUGUUUUUAGGCCCUCAAGUAAAACCAUGACAGAAGGUGUUCAAUAUUUGCUUUAAGUUUAAAUGCCAAGCUCAUCCAUGCUCAACAUAAAGUAGCCUAACCAUCUCUUCUUUGUCUAGGUCCUAAUGCCAUCUCUGUCAGCCUGUCCCCGAUGGGCCACUACGUGAUGGUGGGCUUGGCCUCCCGCAGGAUCCUUCUCCAUCACACCACAGACCACAUUGUAGCACAAGUGUUCCGCCUGCAGCAGCCCCAUGGUGGAGAGACUUCCAUGAGGGUGAGUUUGGCCAACGUUAACCAGAAACAACAAAGUAUUAUGCCAUUUUAUUUCUGCUUUCGUCAAAGCAUCUUGAUUCAGGUUUAUUUGCAUUGAACUUGAGAAUGCCAGCAAGAACCUAGACCCAGAAUAGCUUAAUCAAGUACACAAAUAUACCUUUUUAGAUUUUUAGCAGGUGCAGGCUGCAUUCAACAGAGAGGGACUCACCAUUUUGGAUAUACAGUGGGGGAAAAAAGUAUUUAGUCAGCCACCAAUUGUGCAAGUUCUCCCACUUAAAAAGAUGAGAGAGGCUUGUAAUUUUCAUCAUAGGUACACGUCAACUAUGACAGACAAAAUGAGGAAAGAAAUUCCAGAAAAUCACAUUGUAGGAUUUUUAAUGAAUUAUUUGCAAAUUAUGGUGGAAAAUAUGUAUUUGGUCAAUAACAAAAGUUUCUCAAUACUUUGAUAUAUACCCUUUGUUGGCAAUUACACAGGUCAAACGUUUUCUGUAAGUCUGCACAAGGUUUUCACACACUGUUGCUGGUAUUUUGGCCCAUUCUUCCAUGCAGAUCUCCUCUAGAGCAGUGAUGUUUUGGGGCUGUCGCUGGGCAACACGGACUUUCAACUCCCUCCAAAGAUUUUCUAUGGGGUUGAGAUCUGGAGACUGGCUAGGCCACUCCAGGACCUUGAAAUGCUUCUUACGAAGCCACUCCUUCGUUGCCCGGGCGGUGUGUUUGGGAUCAUUGUCAUGCUGAAAGACCCAGCCACGUUUCAUCUUCAAUGCCCUUGCUGAUGGAAGGAGGUUUUCACUCAAAAUCUCACGAUACAUGGCCCCAUUCAUUCUUUCCUUUACACGGAUCAGUCGUCCUGGUCCCUUUGCAGAAAAACAGCCCCAAAGCAUGAUGUUUCCACCCCCAUGCUUCACAGUAGGUAUGGUGUUCUUUGGAUGCAACUCAGCAUUCUUUGUCCUCCAAACACGACGAGUUGAGUUUUUACCAAAAAGUUAUAUUUUGGUUUCAUCUGACAUUCUCCCAAUCAUCUUCUGGAUCAUCCAAAUGCACUCUAGCAAACUUCAGAUGGGCCUGGACAUGUACUGGCUUAAGCAGGGGGACACGUCUGGCACUGCAGGAUUUGAGUCCCUGGCGGCGUAGUGUGUUACUGAUGGUAGGCUUUGUUACUUUGGUCCCAGCUCUCUGCAGGUCAUUCACUAGGUCCCCCCGUGUGGUUCUGGGAUUUUUGCUCACCGUUCUUGUGAUCAUUUUGACCCCACGGGGUGAGAUCUUGCGUGGAGCCCCAGAUCGAGGGAGAUUAUCAGUGGUCUUGUAUGUCUUCCAUUUCCUAAUAAUUGCUCCCACAGUUGAUUUCUUCAAACCAAGCUGCUUACCUAUUGCAGAUUCAGUCUUCCCAGCCUGGUGCAGGUCUACAAUUUUGUUUCUGGUGUCCUUUGACAGCUCUUUGGUCUUGGCCAUAGUGGAGUUUGGAGUGUGACUGUUUGAGGUUGUGGACAGGUGUCUUAUAUACUGAUAACAAGUUCAAACAGGUGCCAUUAAUACAGGUAACGAGUGGAGGACAGAGGAGCCUCUUAAAGAAGAAGUUACAGGUCUGUGAGAGCCAGAAAUCUUGCUUGUUUGUAGGUGACCAAAUACUUAUUUUCCACCAUAAUUUGCAAAUCAAUUCAUAAAAAAAUCCUACAAUGUGAUUUUCUGGAGAAAAAAAAUCUCAAUUUGUCUGUCAUAGUUGACGUGUACCUAUGAUGAAAAUUACAGGCCUCUCUGAUCUUUUUAAGUGGGAGAACUUGCACAAUUGGUGGCUGACUAAAUACUUUUUUUCCCCACUGUACUCCAGAUUCCUAACUGGAUAAUAGUAUCGGUUUCCAAAUGGUUGCCUUUAAUGAGUGAGUUUGUUUUACUGUAUGUUUCUCAAGUGGGAACAAACAUUCAACUGUCGUCAAAAACCAUUUAAAACCAUUAAUUAAGAAAUACUUCACCGGUUUGUUAAGAAAUUAAACUGACUUGCAUUAGCCUGCUUGUACAGUAGCAUGCAUCAAUCUAAGGCAUCAGAGAAGGCAGGACAUUUUAAUUUAAUGGUUCCUGUUAUCUGUUAUUUAUAGCUGCUGUGUCAAUAAGCAUUCAGAAUGCAAUCCCAAUGAUCUAUAAAGCAAUUUACAGUAUGGAGUGUUUUUAGGCCCUCAAGUAAAACCAUGACAGAAGGUGUUCAAUAUUUGCUUUAAGUUUAAAUGCCAAGCUCAUCCAUGCUCAACAUAAAGUAGCCUAACCAUCUCUUCUUUGUCUAGGUCCUAAUGCCAUCUCUGUCAGCCUGUCCCCGAUGGGCCACUACGUGAUGGUGGGCUUGGCCUCCCGCAGGAUCCUUCUCCAUCACACCACCGACCACAUUGUAGCGCAAGUGUUCCGCCUGCAACAGCCCCAUGGUGGAGAGACUUCCAUGAGGGUGAGUUUGGCCAACGUUAACCACGAACAACAAAGUAUUAUGCCAUUUUUAUUUCUGCUUUCGUCAAAGCAUUUAUUUGCAUUGAACUUGAGAAUGCCAGCAAGAACCUAGACCCAAAUCAUCUGUAAGCAUCCGCUGGGUGACAGUAACAAAAUGAAACCUCCCACAUCUGGAGGUAAAGGAGAUUGUAAAUGAUGAACCUCUUCUGGCUGGCAAAGAGUACGACUCUUUAUAAAUAGCUACAUUAACUCCAUAAUUCUUGGGGGAUGAACAAUAGAUUUCCCUCCCCCAUUAUCUCUAAGCAACUGAGGAGGAACGUGAGACACAGAUAUUACAAUUCAGUAGCUCAAUAAUACCCUCGCAGCUCCAGCCCUCUCACAAUGGCCAGCCAGAUUAGCAACUCCAAACAAACCAAGGCUGGCAGAGCCUCCAUUAACUCUACUUUAACUGGAUUCUGAAGGUACCAAACAUCUUUAUUGAUCUGCUUUAGAAUGUAUUUGCUCCAACAAGAUGGGCAUAGAAAGUGGGCUUACAAUCAAUGAGAGGAUUUUCAAAUGCCGCCAUGUGCUGGCUCUAGCCUUUUAUAUCCCUGCAGUGUAAUGGAGAAACCUCUCUGACAGAGGAUGCUAGACCCCAAGUAGAAUUAUGGGUAUGCAGAUCUCGUUUAGUCUUCCAUCUACCCCUGGAGCUCUCAUGGCCCUUUGGCAGACCACAGUACAGUGUGUUCCCUUUCCUCUUUCAGAGGAACUUGUCUGCUGAUACAGUCUUGAUGAUCUUUGAGCACUGUGAAACAGCACUGUGAAACAUUUCAUUCUCACUUUUGAAUUAGUUUUUUUAAGAGAAUACAUUUUUUUAUAAUCAUGAUUACCGUUUAGAGAAUGUACCACACCGUUUACACAAUUUCACAAUGUGCCACACUUAAAUAGUAGUGAAGAGUCUUUGAAAGUGUUCUGUGUUUGGUGGCUCAGUAUGUGACUCUGUUUUAGCUGUACAUGUAUCAGAAUGUAGCAGGGGUUGUGGGAGGUGGUGUGUGAAGGAUGAGGGGUAAAGUGUUUAUGAUUCAGGGCUUGGAGCCGGGGGUCCGUCUGUGACAUCCCAGUGACCCAGAACACAGCCCAGUGUCCCAUGGCCACCUCAGAGCCAGCCCUCAGAGGGCCUGAUGGAAGCAGGACCCACUGCCUGGGCAGCCUCUGAUGACUUGGCUGGGUAAACAACACCAGGGUGCCACUUUGAUGUUGUCUUUCUGUCUCUCCCUCUGCCUCUUGCUGUUUGUGUGACUGUUUUCAGUCCCUCCCCAUUUUUGAAGAUGCCAUGUAGCCCUGGCAACUAGGCUAUAUGAUAAUUGAGAUGACAUUUUGACUUUUUCGGGUGGGGGGGGGCACCAGUAACUCUUCUAACUCCAAACUUCUCACAUUGCCAGUGGUGAAAUAAGUUUUCUAAUUGAACAUGGUCUGAAGAGAGUCGUAAUUAGCCAAAUCGAAUUGAACAAAUUGUGAAUGUUAUUUUUGUUUUUAAAGCUGCCACAUGGUGCAUAAAAUCUCAUCUCUGAUUUGGCGUGAAACUAAGAGGCAUUUUGCGCAAAGUGUUUUGUCUCACGUUAAUAACUAGUUUUUUGUUCCUAUCAAAAUGGAAAUGAUGACUCUUACAUAUCAUAGCAAAAGGGGAAUGUGUUAUAUAUGUUCUGAAUUUGUAAGUUGAACAUUUUGCAUUCUGUGCAAGCACAUCUGACACACCGCCCAAGUUAUGGCAGCGUAGACAGUCCAGUUCUGACAGCUCUUAUGCAGAUCCCCAAUUUUGCUGUCUUGCUCCUACGUUUGGAGAUGAAUUAAACAGCUUUUUCCCCCUCUCCUUUGUUCUUGAAAAAGUUAUUUCUCCCUACUUUGUCACAGAGUGGUGUAAACUGUAUGCAGACGUAGACAGACAGGCAUAUGUGGUCAUCCAUCUUCGCUUCACAGGGUACGAGGCAGGAAGUAGUAUUCGUGUCAGUCACCUGAUAUGGUUGUCAUAGCAGCGGUUUUGGCUAGUCAUAUUGAGAAGUGGUGUGACAAGCCCAGGUGAAUGCUCUUAAAUGGGCACUCCAACAACGUCUCUCCUUAACUUGAUUCAUUGAGGGAACUACCAGGUGUUAAGACAGGAAACAGCUCUAUACUUUCUGACAAGGCAGACUCAGCAACACUAAUCAGCACUUCAACAGAUAGACUAAAGUUCUAACAUUGUUCUGCUAUUCCCACACUAGUAACGGAUUAUGUCUCAGGUUCUGAAUCAUCGGGUUAAUUGAUAACCAAUAUAUUAACAUGAAAUUAAGGCUAAUCUAAUGUGAAGGGUAAAGCUCAUUCGAAGACGGCGCUAAUGCAGUAUAAUUCUACAAUAUUUUGAAAUAUUUGUUGUUUGUUUUGGUUGUAUCAUACUGGGACAAUAUGUUGGUACUCUUUGCUGUGGCUGUAAUUGAUUUAUUUCAUUUAUGUCCCCAUUCCCUCCAGAGAAUGUUUGAUGUGGUGUACCCCAUGGCCGCUGAUCAGCGGAGACAUGUCAGCAUCAACUCGGCCCGCUGGCUCCCAGAACCUGGCCUGGGGCUUGCCUAUGGUACCAACAAGGGAGACCUAGUCAUCUGCAGACCUGUG